AUGCAUUAUGGAAAUAGGUGGGACUCAUCGGAUCCCGCCAGGCACCCCCCUCCUCUCCCUCUAAACCCCGGAGCUCCAAACUCGCCUCGCACAGUUGGGACGAUACAGAAUCCGUUCAUUGUGGCAGAUAGGGCAUCGCCAACGCCAAUCUCAAGAGAGAUAUCGCCAACUCGCAGAGCUCCUCAAGCCCCACCCCAUCGAGAAGGAUCACCCUCGGGGCCAAAUAUAUCGCCAACCAGAGCACAGCAGGUAAUGGCUUCUCACAGGCGGAUGAAUUCGAUGCAACCAUCUCCAACAGUUCGUGAGAUGGGUAACCUCAUCUUGAGUGGAGGAUCGGGUUCUCCCAGCAAAAGCGGGACACCUACACCCAAGGAAUUGUUUGGGAGUAGCACUAGUUUCCCAGCCAGGGAACAAGCACCUACGCCCGCACCUCCGCCUGGCUAUCGUAACUCUCUGGACCUUGAUCGUUUGCCGAAUCUCCUUCCACCGCUACGUAACCUCAAAUCUCACGAAUCAAUGUCAGCCACGAUUCCUUCUAGCACACUUGCUACCACCAAAGACUUCAAAGAUUUUAAGGAAUUUAAGGAUCUUAAGGACCUCAAAGAUUUCAAGGACUAUAGCCUUCCUCCACUUCCUCGUGAUCGAGAUGGAGGACAAAGUGAGUGGGAAUCACGGAACCGGGAUAAGGAAAGGGAAAGGGAUGAUGGGCCCAAAUUGUCGCUUCAGGAACUUGAGACGAUUACAUCCCAGCUCUCCGGGCUUACGUCGAUAGCCAAUAGUCUCCAAAGGGAGAUGGCAAAUCUUUCUCGCCGAUCUAAAGACAAUGCCACCGAUCUCAUCUCGCUCAAAGAGGCGACCAAAAGUAGAGAUGAAGAUAUCCGUCAAUCCCUUCGGGACCUCGUCCAUGGCCUUCACAGUCUGGAAAGCGAUAGGUUGCUCACUAACUCCUCGCUUCCGCUUAUCACUUCCGGUGCUUCUACGAGUAGUCGAUCUUCGAGCUAUGCAAGCGAUAACUUUGCAGCUUCACCUGGAACCAGAGGUGAGAAAUCUGGUCUCGAAAUGGCAGCUCUUGAGCGGGUUUUGAGAGAAAUGUCCACGAAAGACGAACAGGACCGCGUGAUCGAUCUCUUGAGAGAUAUCCAGGAUACCCUCAAUAAGCCCCAGUUAGAUAGGCUUGAAAACGAAGAAAAGAUAAUAUCCUUGCUAGAGGAAUUCAAGGAACGAGACUAUAGCAAAGGGAAAGAGCUUGCGAUUCCUGGGAGGGAGAGAGACGGUGAUAUGGACGAAAAGAUAUUGUCUAUGCUCCAGAAUAUCCGAGAGACCCUAUACCAGAGGGAAGAGAAAGAAAGUGGUGUAAAGAUCAUCGGCUUACUUGAGGAGUUAAAGCAGAAGGGGGAGGAAGGUGAAAAUGCGCAGGUCAUUUCCCUUCUGGAGGAACUUCGAGGCAAGAAGGGAGGCUCUGGAAUCGAUGCCGUUUUGGCCUCCCUUGAGGAACUCAAAGCUAAGGGGGGAGACGAAGGGGUUCUCUCUUUGCUCGAGGGGAUUAAAGCUAGGAUGGAUAGCAUGAAGGAAGAUCUAACAAAAUCCCUCAGCUUAUCUUUAACUAGGCGCUCACCUUCAUCACAAGAUGCUACAGGAACGGGAUCUGCACCCGACUUAGUGGAGAGCGAUGAGAUCCUCAAUGUUUUGAAGCAUAUUAAGCAGGGCGUGGAUUCGGGCGAGGAGACAACUCGAGACAUUCAGAGACUCAUUGACGAAUGGAAAGAGCGGUGGGCUGGUCAUGAUAGGGAGGCACAUGAAGCAUUAAAGGACCUGAUGAAGGAGGUCGAAAUUCUGGUUACGGAACAGAGACAAGCAAUAUCCAGGCUACACAGCAACCCAGGUCUGCAAUCUACAGCACUCACCAUGACCAACCCUCCUCUCCCACCUGACUUGGACAAUGAGGCCGCUAUCACCGCUCUCGCUAACAUUGCGUCAACUACAACUCGUACAGAUAUCACCCUUUCCACCAUCAACGCCUUAAUCAAGGUUUUCCAUAAAGACAUGAACAGCGCCAAUACUCAUACCCACGAGACCGUGCUCAACAUCAGCAGAUUCCUCCAAGAACUCGGCAACACUGUUUCGAAUGCUCAUUCCCAAACAGGAGAAACUCGCAAGCUCCUCGAAGUGGUGCGUUCUGGAGUCAGUAGCGGGAAUGACCGACUGGCCGAGUUUGAGGGUGCAGCUCUCCGGAAAAUCGAAGAGCUUAUGUUCCUUCACAAACAUUUGCAGAAGACAAUGCUUACCAAUGGGGAUGAGAUGAUCUGGAAGCAAGAUGUCGGUGUCAGAGCUGUGGUAGAAGAAUUCCAGAGCGAGGUUGAGGAACUGUUGGAGAAGAAUAUGGAAGCCGUUAAGGAAUCUGCAGAGAAAGCUGUUGAGGCCAUAAACAAUUCUAAUCCCGUUUCUCUCAUAGGGGAACUAAAGAAUGAGCUUGGAGCAAUGGCACAGAGAAGUUUGGCCGCUUUUGCAGCCGCGGAUUCUAAGGAAGCACUUGCAGAACUCAAAUCUGAACUCCAACGGGCUACGGAGCAGAGCGUUGAGGCUAUCAACACUCUGAAUCCAGGAACUUCGAUCGAGGAAUUCCGGGCCGAAGUCAAAGAAAUACUUGAGAAAAUCCUGUCAACAAGUGAAUCUAGCUCAAAUGGGCUUACCAAGCUCGAAGAGUCUACCCCAACCCAAGCAGUCAUUGGAGAUCUAAAACGCGGCCUUGAAGAGCUAAUCGAGCGAUCCUUUAAUACUUCUAAUGAGCAGACGGGUGCAGCCAUUGCAAACAUGAAAUCCGUCAUCGCCGAUAAAACUGAAAGCACCGAGAAAAUCCAAACCUCGAUCGACCAACUCAAAGCCGUGGUUACCGAGUUGAUGGAGAAGUCAGUGACCGCGCUGGCGCCCCCCACAUCAUAUCCUGAGGCAGAAUCUAUUAAGGCUCGAAUUGAGUCGCUAGCUCUCGAGAUUACCAAGACCAUGGAUAACACUAUCGCUCUAUUCAGUGAUUCCUCUGUUGAAACAGACGAGAAAUUGAAAAAAGCGGUCGAUGAACUUAAGGCCGAACUAGGAGAAAUGAGCAAGUCAAUACCGGAAGCCGUUUCCUCCAACUCAGCGUCCGGCCUUGAGGGGGUGGUGAAGGAAGCUCUAGAUGAGAUGAAAGAGGUGGUUGGGCGAAUUGAAAAGCGUGCGGAGGUUGAAAGGCCGAUGAUUCCCAACCCAGAUGCAUCCGAAAAAAUGACGAGUGCCCUUGAAGAUCUCAAGAAGGAAGUUCAUGAGAUGGUUGAGAAGAGUAUCAAUAUGGCUGUCGGCACUCCCCAAACUGGAGAACCUGCCGGCAAAGUUCAGGAGGCGAUUGAGGGCCUCCGGGCAGACAUCACAAGCGUCAUGGAAAAGUCAUUGGUCGCAGCUUCAGGCUCAGACAAUUUCGGGGAGCUAUUAGAGGACCUUCGGAAGGAAAUUGCUGAAAUGUUAGAAAAAUCCGCGUCUAUGAUUGUUCCCCAUUCCAACUCCGACGAGGCGACAAGAGAGCUUCUCGGGGAGAUUAAAAAAGACGUUGCCAGCAUUCUAGCUAAAUCGCCGCCGUCCGAGUCAAGCUCUGAUGAUGUAGAGGAGGCCAUUGGAGGGCUCCGAAAGGAAGUAGGUGAGUUAAUGGACAAAACAAUGUCUAUGAUAGCCCCUAGGGCCACCGACACCGAAGGACCCCCACCCCGUUCCGCCGAAAGAAUAGAGGGAGUACUUAAAGAUCUCAAGUCAGAGAUUGGUGAGAUGGUCCAACAAAGCUUGGCAGCUGCCAUUGCAAAUUCGACCUUCGAUUCCGAAGAGAGUGUGAAGGAAGUAAUUGAGGAAUUGAAACGCGACAUCCGUGACACACUUCAAUUGUCGAUGAUGCCUCUUCCUGCCGAAAACACUGAAGCAGCAGAACGAAUUCGGACUGUGCUACAGGGGUUCAAAACCGAGCUUGGGGAGCUUUUUGAAACCAAGAUUGCGGUGCCCAAUGUUACUAUCAUGGAAGUCAUCGAUAGUUUGAGGGUUCAAGUUGGAGUAUUGGCAGAAAACCCCAAGGAUGGCGCAGUAGCCGAAAUCAUGGAGGAACUGAAGAUGCUAGUUGAGGGAUUGGGGCAGGGAGGGUCUGGCGGUGGUGUGGUGGAGUCAAUUGGGGAUUUGAGGAAAGGGAUGGGUCUUUUAGCGGAGAAGUUGGAUGCCUCUUCCCCGGCAGAAGUUACAAGUGCUAUUGAAGGGUUGAAGAGAGAGGUGGAGCAGUUAUCGGGGAAAUCCGGCGAUGCAUUUGAAUCCUUGAAACUUCAGGUUGAAGGCCUUGGUAUAAAAGAGACGAUUGAGGCGCUAAAGGCUCAAGUUGAAGGUCUUUCCGGGAUUUCAGGGGUUCCGGUGCCCUUCGGGCAGCCGGCGGCAUCAAAUGAGGAGAUAAAGGAGUCGAUGGAAUCGCUCAAGAGGGACAUCGAGGAAGUGAUGGAAAAAUCGAUGGGUUCUCUAGUCGCUAGCAAGCCGGACGAUACCGAAGUUAGAGAGUGGAUAGGCGCCCUAAAGGAAGAGAUGGUGGUCUACGUAGAGAAGAGUGUUCAAGCUGCUAAGGCGACUAAUCCCUCUGAAGCCAUUGAUGGGCUAAGGCGAGAAAUUCGAGAAGCAAUGUCAAGGUCUGGUCACCAUAUUCCACACGAACCAGAAAGAACGCAAGUUGGCGAAAAGGUUGAGAAGAUCAAAGAAGCCUUCGAGGAACUCCGGAAGGUGGUAGAAAAGAAUUCCGGCACAGAUCCAGCUACUAAGUCAACCCUGGAAGAAGGUGUUGAGACAAUUCGGAUGGUAACAGACGGGAUGAGACAUGAGCUUAAUAACUUCCGGGCCGAAGAAAAGGAGGCAAUUGUUGAUGUCAAUUCUGCUAUCGGUGAAUGUCGAGUCGAGGUUGCGGUCGUUAAAACUCUGGUCGACGAAAAACACACGGAAAUCAGGGAUAGCAUUACGGGGUUUGCUGCUGCCGUGGAUGAGUCCAACACAGACCUCAAAAGCUCAAUCACUGCAGUCCAUGCUGUGGUUGAAGCCCUGCAGAACUCAAGCAACGAAGCAGCUACGGGUGUUGCCGAUUCAGUUGCAAAAUUAAGAACCGAAACCCACGACGGCAUAAUCGGUGUCAACCUUUCACUUUCUGAUACGAAGGAAGGGAUUUCCGGGAUUUCUAGUGGCAUAUCCGAAGUCCACCAUGAAGUCAAAGGAGGAAACGCUAGCAUUAGCGGUGCCAUCUCCGAGACGAAGGAAAUGAUCUCAAGUUUCAACGAAACUGUUACCUGCUCUUCCACUGGGGCAAGGCAAGACAUUGACGGUGUCAGAAACCUAGUCGAAGCCCUGAAGAAUGAAACCUCGGCGGGCUUCGUGGGAAUAACGGACGCUGUCGAGACCGCCGCUUCCGAAGUAAUGGAAGUCGUUUCCGCAUUGACCACAAAAACCGAAGCUUCUCAGACCAACUUAUCAGGGCUUAAGGCUAUCAUCGAGGAGUCUCAAGCUACGAAUAAGUCCGCUUUGACCGAUAUUAAUACCUCCAUCGAAGAACGUGCGACCGAAGUCAGGGAGGAUGUUUUUGCGGUGAAAAAAGCGGUGGAAGAAUCGAGUAUUACAGUCUCUCAUGAGCACCGCAAAACCCAAAAGCAGGUUGAGGACGUGCUCGGACUUGUUGAUGGAUUGCAUAGUGAACUCAAGGGGCAGCAGCCGACACUACUCAGCGCUUUACUGGAACUAAAGAAUCUUCUCCAGGAAGCGAAUAAAGAGAUUGCCAAGAAGUCAGAUAUUGACGCUAUACCUCCUCCCCCUGCGUAUGACGACUCUCAGACCCAAGAAAAGCUCAACACGUUGAUUUCCGGGAACACCUCGGCAGCCAAGUAUCUUCCCCAACUCAGUCUUCUCGACUCAAUUCAGAAGCAGGUUACCACCACCUCCGCCGAUAUUGCCGAAUUCCUUUCAAUGCAAAAGGAAGUUCUCCUGGAAGACACAAGCUCUAAAAUUGAUGCGGCAAGGCAAGCCGAAAUGGAUCUUGAGAUUGCUAGCGCAGAAAGGGAAAUUGUGAAAGCUGCCGCAGCAUCCCUUCGAGAGGAGCAUGCUAGCCUCCAAAACUCUGUUGAAGCCCUGAAGGAAGAAACUAGUGCGCUUUUCACCCGAAAAUUAAAGCUUACUGGCGAAGUUGCUAGCUUAGAGACUGCCUUGGACCUAAGGCGGGACGAGCUUAUGCUUCUCGAAGCAAGGGCUGAGGGGCUUGAACGAAGGGUUGUCGAAGGGGUGAUUGAACAAUCCAGGGCCCUCCUAAUGAAACCCAAAGGCAAUUCCUCGCGCUCAUCAAAGGCCGAUACCAGCACCGCCUCACGCAAAACCCACAGCAGCCCAGCCGUCAAGCCAAGCACCAAUGGUCGACGAAAUCUCUCUCUCAACGAAGUCCAGAGUGAUUCGCCGACUCUAGGGACAUCCUCAAAAUCUGGUAGGACCAGUCUCACCGGCAGCACCUUGGGUUUAGGACAGAAGGAGUAUUCUGCUAGCCUGGGGCUCUUGAAGCGAAGCCAGUCAACCAAGAGCGUCGGAAGUUCGGAGAGACGGAAGAAUAGCUGGGGCCAAAAGCUCGGCCGUGCAUUCUCAGGCACAGGUGGCAAGGAGAAUAGCGAUGGGGUGCUUCCCACAAAUGAGGAGGAGGCUGGAGAGUACGAUGCCGAUGAAAUUGCGGAAGGUGAUGAUGACAUGGACGCCGAGCUGGAGCGUUUGAUGCGAGAGCAGGAGGAGAGUGAUUUUGCAGAUGGGCGGAGGGGUAGUAGUGGCAGUGUCAGGAGAAUGGCAGCCAAUGAACGGGGCGAGGAGCAAAGUGGCAGUGAGGCGGGGAGGAAGUCAAAGGCCUAUCCAGCGCUCGGGUUAGACUUUUCCGAUGAGCCUAUGAGCAGAAGUAUCAGUGGUGUGAGCACUGGGGCUUAGAUUGCUUUCUAUUUUUCCUAUUUCAUUAAUUUCAUUCUUCCCCUAUGUUUCACGGUCGCUGGUGUUUGUUACGAGAGAUGAUGGUACACCUGUGGGAUGAGCGGAAUCUUGUGAUACCCUGGACGUGUCGUUUAUGAAUGUUUGCUUGGUGAAGCUGGUUUCCUUGAUAAUAGCUUUUUUGUUUUUGUUUUUUGCUUCUUUAUUAUUGUCGAUUGCAAUGUACCUAUUUCAUACCCUUGCUUUCUCUUUCAUUGUAGUUUCUUAUUUUCUCGACUCUGAUGGCUGUUUUCCUGAAAUUCGUAACAUGCAUGCAUGCGAAUGGAUGGAACGGAUAUUUAGGGAUGGGCCGGGGGAGGUUCAAGGGGUCACUCUGGUCUAUGAAGUUCUUGUUUUCCUCUUUCUUUCUUAUUCCUAGGACGCCGAAACACUUGUUUCUUUAUUUCUUUUUUUAUUAUAGCGCAUGAUAUGCAUCCUAGGGUUUUUCUAUGAUACACUUUUGCUUGGUAUCGAUAAAUGUGAUUACUUUUCUUCUCAUCCUGUGGCAAACUUGAGUUAACCUGGCACUGAAUGAAUAACGUGAUUGAUACCCUGAGUUAAGAUUGGACGUUAAGUUAACUUAGUUUAGAUAGAGUGUUGUGGUGUAUCAUGGCCGGAAAGCUAGACUAUGAUACCUGCAUGUUGGAAACU